CGGAAGUGAUCCGGAAAUGGAGGAUGAGAUGGUGGAUGUAAAUAGUGGUGGCAAUGAAUGGAAAGUAGUAGAAAAUCGUAAAAGAAAGAAAAGUUGGGCACAAAUAUCUGAAACAGACAGCGAAAAGGGAAAUCAUCAGGCGAGAAGGAGAAGAGAAGAGUAUAAGUAGGUGGCGGGAAUGCACCAUGUAAGUUGGUCUGCCAGCCGCCAUUAACCCCACAAGAAGAAGAAAAAGAAGUAGGACCGGUUCUGUUGUUGAGACCGCAGUACUAGCUAAUGUGUGUAGCGUGGAGGAGGUAUAUUAUAUCCACAUGAAAUACAUCUAAUAAAACACAUUUUUAACGUUACAGUAUUAACAAGCAUGUCGGAGAAAGGAGAGGUAGAUUUAACGGGGGCGAAACAGAACGCUGGUGUAUGGCUGGUUAAAGUCCCAAAGUAUUUGUCACAGCAAUGGACCAAAGCAACAGGGAGAGGAGAAGUUGGAAAGCUCCGAAUUAGCAAGAAUCAAGGAAAAGCAGAGGUGUCAUUCACACUCAAUGAGGAGCUGACCACAAUAGAGACCAUCGGAGAGAAGACCUCUAUGGUACGAGCCCCUAGAGAGCAUCCUUUCACUCUGCAGACAGUUGGUGGACAAACUCUGGCUGUUUUUACUGAAAACUCUUCAGGGCAGUCAGAUGCUGAGGCCAGCGGCUCAGGUACAGGUUCAGGCCCAGAUAAAAUCGCACUGGAAGGAGUAGUGGUGCAGAGAGCUGAAUGCAGACCGGCCGUCAGUGAAAGCUACAUGAGGCUUAAGAAACUGCAGAUUGAGGAAUUAUCGAAACCCCUCAGGUUCUCUCAGCAGCUGGACAAAGCAGUUACCAGUAACUACAAACCUGUGGCUAACCACGCUUAUAAUCUCGACUAUGAGAAGAGAAAGAAAGAAGAAGGGAAGAGGGCACGUGCAGAUAAACAGCAGGUGCUGGACAUGUUGUUCUCUGCUUUUGAGAAGCAUCAGUUUUAUAACAUUAAGGAUCUGGUGGACAUCACAAAACAGCCUGUGAUUUACUUGAAGGAGAUUCUUCGGGACAUUGGCAUAUACAAUGUCAAAGGCACUCACAAAAACACCUGGGAGCUCAAACCGGAGUACAGGCAUUACCAGAGCGAGGAGAAGAGCGACUGAUCCUCUUCAAAAUCACCUGCUUGUGUUUGGACCCUGUUUAGUGACAGUGAAAUGUUAUUUCUGGAUUAUUUCAAGGAUGCUGAUGUUUUUAGAGGUGCAUCUGAAACUCAUGUUACGUUUUACAAUGUUAAGAUGUUUUAGUGUUUAUGUUGAGGAAUUGACAUGAGAAAUGAGUAAUGGGAAUGUUCAAUCAUAACUGAGGGAAAAAAAAACAAAAAAAAGCACGCAAUUUACAGCAGCUGUCGAUGUUUAACAAGGUGAUGUUAGAAUUUUAAGUAAAAUAUUCUGAUUUGGUUUUCUGAUUGAAACGCAGUUAUUUUGUAUAUUUCACUUCAGUAAAUAUUCUUGAAAUAAAGGUUUUGUACAACA